AUGGAGAGGAAUCUUUUAUACAUGUUUGACCGGCCCUACGAGCCUGUGUACGUGCCAAAGGGAGAAAAAAAAGUCACUUUCGACAUUCCAUCCAACUAUUUGCCCGACAGGUACCAGCCAGUAGCGCAGAGAAUCUUAAACCGCUUCGGCGAGGAGUCACUCUCCUCGGUCCCGAUAAAGCAGAUAACCAUCCCCGAUCUGAGCGUGCCCCUCGAGCUGAGUCGGCGCGACACUUUUUCGCUCUUCAUCCCUUCGCAUCGAAAAAUGUCCAGCCGGCUGACGGAACUCUUCAUGGGAAUGCGCACCGUCGAGGACUUGAUGUCACUGGCGGCCUACACUCGCGACCGCGUCAACGCCCAGAUGUUCGUCUACUCGCUGUCCGUGGCCAUCCUCCAUCGGCCCGACACCAGGAACCUGAUGAUACCUACGCUCAGCGAAAUCUUCCCCGACAAGUACAUCGACGGCUCCGUCUUCCAUCGAGCCAAGGAGGAAGCCAACGUCAUACCGGCCGGUCAACGCAACGCCAUCGAGAUCCCCUUGGAUUUCACAGCGACGGACGUAGAUCCCGAGCACCGAGUCGCCUACUGGCGCGAGGAUGUGGGCAUCAACCUCCACCAUUGGCAUUGGCACCUCGUUUAUCCGUACGAGGGUCCCCGCGUCGUCGUCGACAAGGACAGGCGCGGCGAGCUCUUCUACUACAUGCACCGGCAAAUCAUGUCCAGGUACAACAUCGAGCGGCUGUGCAACAAUCUGCCACGAGCGCGUCGCAUGACGAACCUCCGGGAGCCCAUACCCGAGGCGUACUUCCCGAAGCUGGACCAGAUGGUGGCCGGGCGGGCUUGGCCGGCGAGACCGGCCGGCUUCGUCCUCGCCGACGUCAAUCGCAAAGUCGACCGGCUGAGGUUUGACUUGUCGGACCUCGAGCGCUACAGGGACCGUAUAAUGGAGGCCAUACACACGAAAACGGCUCGCAAAGCCGAUGGUGGUGUUAUACAGUUGGACGAGGUCACGGGCAUCGAUGUCCUCGGCAACAUCAUCGAGGCCAGUCCGGUCCUCAGCCCCGACCCCGUGUACUACGGUGACAUGCACAACCUGGGCCACAUGGCCCUCUCGCUGUGCCACGAUCCGGACAACCGGUUUUUGGAGUCGUUCGGGGUGAUGGGGGACGCGACGACGGCAAUGCGGGACCCCGUGUUCUAUCGUUGGCACGCCUUCAUCGACGGGCUGUUCGGCGAGUUCAAGGACAGUUUGCCGCCCUACACUGCCCAGCAGCUGGUUUUUCCCGGUAUAUCGGUGACGAACGUGCGGAUCAGUACGCCGGGAAUCAACCCCAACACCCUCAACACCCAUUGGGUCAAGAGCGACGUCGAUCUCUCCCGGGGACUGGACUUUACCCCGCGGGGCUCGAUAAUGGCUCGGCUGCAGCAUCUUAACCACGAGGAUUUCCAGUACAACAUCGUCGUCAACAACACGAACAACAGGGAGCUGGUCGGGACGGUGCGCGUCUUCCUCGCCCCCAAGUUCGACGAGGCGGGCAGUCACUUUAGCUACAACGACCAGAGGAUCUUGAUGAUUGAGAUGGACAAGUUCAUCGCUAAGCUGAAAAAGGGGCAAAAUACGAUAGUGAGAAAUUCGGUCGAUUCGGCGAUAACGAUUCCAUUCGAAGCGACGUUCCGUAAUCUGGAAGAAAACCGGCCGAGUCCGUCGAACUUGCAGGCUUUCGAUCAGUUCAACUUUUGCAGCUGUGGCUGGCCCCAGCACAUGCUCGUGCCGAAGGGCACCAAGCAGGGGUUCCCCAUCGAUCUGUUCGUCAUGAUAACCGAUUACGAAUUUGACAGGGUGAAUCAGCCCGACCCGGCUGGCUGCCGCGAUGGUGUCAGCUACUGCGGCCUGAGGGACCUCAAGUAUCCCGAUGUUCGUCCGAUGGGCUUCCCGUUCGAUCGGAUAGGACGGCCGGGCGUUUCGAUGCUGGCCGAUCUUUUGACUCCCAAUAUGCAAGUGCAACAAAUUACCGUCAGAUUUUCCGAAGAUAUCAGGCCCAGGAGAACUACUUUCCGUCAGUGA